AUGAAUUACCGCAUACCAGCAGACAUUUAUGAGAUGCCUCACUCUGUGAUUGGGGAAUACACAUUUCAGAGUGGUGGAGAACACUGUUUGUACACAGGUGAAGGACCAGGGUACGAACCCCAACCUCUUCACCAUCCGCCCUGCCUUGAGCAGGUUUGGCCAUCUAGCCAGCACUAUAAUUGUUUGUAUAGCGGUGUCCCUUUUGGUAUUAAGAGUGACAUUUGUAGCAUUGAGGUCCCCCUUAAUAAUUUCCAUCAUCAACCUGAGCAUUUUCCUGAGAAUAAAUCAGACCUUCCACACCUGCAAUGGAUGCAAGGAGCACACAAGAAAGGGUACAUACCAAGUUACAUGGACAAAGAUGAGCUUUGCAUUGUGUGUGGUGACAAAGCUACAGGCUACCAUUAUCGCUGUAUUACCUGUGAAGGCUGUAAGGGCUUCUUCAGACGAACAAUUCAGAAAAAUCUUUGCCAAACUUACAUUUGUAAGUAUGAAAGAAAUUGUGCCAUAGACAAGGUGAAUAGAAACCAGUGCCAGGAUUGUCGCUUCAAGAAGUGUAUUGCUGUCGGAAUGGCCACAGACUUGGUGUUGGAUGAGACCAAGAGGCUUGCCAAGCGAAAACUGAUUGAGGAAAACCGGGAGCGUCGCCGCAAAGAGGAACGACAGAAAACAGUAUUGGAUCAACUUGAGCCGACCCAGGAGGAGUGGGACCUAAUUCACAUGAUUACCGAGGCCCAUAUAGCAACAAAUGCCCAGGAAAAUCGCUGGAAGCAGAAGCGGAAAUUCCUGGUUGAGGAAACAAUGCUUCUUAAUGAAAUAACCUGCAAUUUAUUCAAUAACUCUGACCAGAGGGCAGUGGGGAUGAAGGAAACUAAGCCUGUAAAUACAGCAGGAGUCAAUCAAGUGGAUUUAGAGGCAUUCAGCCGUUUUACACAAAUUAUCACCCCUGCAAUAACACGAGUGGUGGACUUUGCCAAAAAGUUACCAAUGUUUUGUGAGCUGCCAUGUGAAGACCAGAUCAUCUUGCUGAAAGGCUGCUGUAUGGAAGUCAUGUCACUGAGAGCUGCUAUCCGUUAUGAUCCCGACAGUGAGACACUCACGCUAAAUGGAGAGAUGGCAGUCACCAGAGGUCAACUCAAAAACGGUGGCCUCGGAGUAGUGUCGGAUGCCAUUUUUGACCUCGGUGUCUCAUUGUCCUCCUUUAAUUUGGAUGACUCUGAGGUGGCUCUUUUACAGGCAGUUAUCCUUCUUUCAUCUGAUCGUCCAGGACUGAGUAGCGUGGAUCAGAUCGAACGUUGCCAAGAGGAAUUCCUGCUGGCUUUUGAACACUACAUCAACUACCGCAAACAUAAAGUAGCUCAUUUCUGGCCAAAGUUGCUCAUGAAGGUGACGGACCUGCGGAUGAUCGGCGCCUGCCAUGCAAGCAGAUUCCUACACAUGAAAGUGGAGUGCCCAACUGAGUUAUUUCCGCCUCUGUUCUUGGAGGUUUUUCAGGACUGA